AUGUCCGGGGAAUACCCCAACCCGUACGAGGGCUCCACAGAGUUCUCCUCCAGCUGCUGCCUUGUGGGGAACUUCUCCUUCAGCCUAAACGCCACCCACAACAACAACAACAAAAACAACCGCUCCACCACAAAUUCGUUCCAGCUGUCCAACAUCAACAGCAAAGAUAAAGUGGGAUACGGCGGGGACGGCUCGGCCGCGCUGAGGAUCACCAUCUCUAUAAUCUACUCCGUGGUCUGCGCGCUGGGACUGAUCGGCAACCUGCUGGUGCUGUACCUGAUGCGUUCCAAACACGUGUGGAGGAAGUCCUCCAUCAACCUUUUCGUCACCGGGCUGGCCCUGACGGACCUCCAGUUCGUGCUGGUGCUGCCCUUCUGGGCGGUGGAGAACGCGCUAGACUUCAAGUGGAUCUUCGGCAAGGCCAUGUGCAAGAUCGUGUCCUACGUGACCGCGAUGAACAUGUACGCCAGCGUCUUCUUCCUCACCGCCAUGAGCGUGGCGCGCUACUGUUCCCUGUCCUCUGCGCUUCGGGGUGGCCGGCGCGGGGACGGAAGCGGCGCGCGCUGUGCGCGUUGCUUUUGCUCCGCCAAAUGGAUCAGUGCGUUGAUCUGGUGCGCCGCCGUCUCCGCGGCACUGCCGCACGCGGUGUACUCUACCACGGCCACCGUGUCAGAAGAGGAGCUGUGUCUGGUGAAGUUCCCUGACGCGCCGGGGGACGCGCAGUUCUGGCUGGGGAUGUACCACGCUCAGAAGGUUCUAAUGGGCUUCGUUGUCCCGCUGGGGGUCAUCAGCGUGUACUAUCUGCUGCUGCUGCGCGUCAUCCACUCCAAGCGCGGCAGCAACUCGAGCGCGAAAAGACGCUCCAAGGUGACCAAGUCCGUGACCAUCAUAGUGCUGUGUUUCUUUCUGUGCUGGCUGCCCAACCAGGCGCUAACGGUGUGGGGCAUCCUGAUCAAACUCAACGUGGUGGACUUUAGUUCCGAGUACUACACGACGCAGGCGUACCUUUUCCCCGUGUCAGUGUGCCUGGCGCACUCCAACAGCUGCCUGAACCCCAUCUUAUACUGCCUGAUGAGACGGGAGUUUAGGAAGGUGCUGAGCAAACUCCUUUGGAGGAUCACGUCGCGGUCCGUGACCAACAUAAGGCCGUUCACAGCCACAACCAAGCCGGAGCCAGACGAGCAGGGACGGGUCCUGGUUCCCAUCCACUCCCCUGAGGAGCCGGUGGCGUUCUACCCGCCCGGGGCUGUGGUCUACAACCAAAGGAACGACGCUCUGCCGAACAGUACAUGA